AUGACAUCCAACCAAUCCAUGGAGGUGGCGACAGAGACUUCUUCUUCCGCGCCGCUGAAGCGAAAAGCGGAGGGAGCAAGCUCAAACACCAUCCACUUCACCUCGCGCAAUCCACCCUGGACCUACCUCAAGCUUCAACUUAUUCCACAGCCAGAUGUCUCCUCCACACAGCCCCUCGAUGCUCUUUCCGCACGCACCUAUCUCUCAUCCGCCCUAUCGCAAUUCCUCGGAAUCACAGGCACCGCGAUUCCAAUCGAUAUCCUAAAGGUUGAGAACAAAGCGACAACAACCAGUGCCGAUCAAAGCAUAUCAUCCAACACCACUGGAAAUAAAUACGACUGCGCCUGGGUACGCGUACCACGCGAAGACUCAGCGGCCGUCGUGGCAGCGCUCAGCUCAUGGAUUGGCGGAGGUGGAAGCGGCAGCGGUGCUAAUGUCGCGUGGAGAGUUUGUGCAAAGGGAAACUACCUGGGUGCCCUGGUUUCGGGAUCUGGGGCUGACUUGUUCGUUCCGUGA